AUGAACAUGGAUGGUCCUGAAUCGGCAAUUGAAUCAGCGCCCUCACAUUCAGAGUUACAGCCGAAUGAUCUGCAGGACCAGGACAGGGACCGUGAUCAGCAGCAGAAAGCACCAUCAUUAAACCUCAUCGCUGAAAAUCAAAUCAUUCAGCCUGAUAAUGACAUAAACCAGAACCCUUCCACCACCAAACAAAAUUACUACACAUCUGCACAAUGGACUGCCGAUGGAACAUCACUCAUCGUAUCAUCUGCCAUCAAUUCAAUAUCCACCUUUGUCCUCCCUGAAGAUCUCCUCGACCCAUCAGCUUCACGCCCGCGACAUCUCGAGUGUCAAUCCUCAAUAUCGCUCCCUGAGCCUUCUCAAACGAUCAUCCCAGCGCCCUUCUACUCUUUAGCUGAGCCAUUCUCACAGACCGUUCUUGUAGGAUGUCGCGAUCACCCUAUUCAGCUCUACCAUCUCUUCCCUCCAGAUGGUGAUGGCCUCGCGUCGCGUUCUGCCCCACUUGCUUCGUAUAAAUUAAUACGUUUUGAAACAGAAGAGUAUAUCACGCCCUCGUCUAUCCUCUGGGAUGCACCCGGGACGCAUUUCCUCGUCGGCUCAACGAACCGGCUUGAUUACUUUGACAUGACUCGACCAGGAUCAGAUGGUCCGAUACUUACUAUACCCACCAUCCCUUCUAGACGUCAUAUACGGAAGGGAAAUGGAGUUGGUAUGAAGGGCACUGUCGCUGCUCUCGCUUCCUCGCCUGUGGAUGGUAACGGGAGCUCUAUUAUUGCUGCAGGGACAUGGACACGGUGGAUGGGAUUGUAUGAUGUGCACCGCUCAGACAAGGUUAUUGCAAAUUGGUCUCUCCCUCGCUCUGAAGACAUAGACGGAGGAAUAGGAGGCCAGGGAAUUGUUCAAGUCCGCUGGAGUCCAUGCGGUCGUUACCUAAUCCUCAACGAGCGACAUGCUUCUGGUCUGAUUGUGUACGACGUCCGCGGAACAGGCGAACUCCUCUGCACUCUUCGAGGUCGAUGUGCACCCACACAACAGAAGAUGACGGUGGAUGUCUUUGCUGGUGAUCCCUAUGCUGAGUUCCCAUCCUUCGAGGUCUGGGCAGGGACACAAGAUGGUGGUGUUGCGGUGUGGGAAGGCGUUGGCUCUCAAGCUGGCGUUGUAGAUCCAUCAUGGACAUGGAAGCCCCAUGAUGCGCCGGUAGGAAGCACUGCUUUACAUUCAAGCGGCUCUGUAGUCGCAACGUGCUCGGGAGGAUGGGGCUUUAGAGACUCAUCGGGAACGAAGACAGUGUUUGACGAGUCUAGUGUCAAGAUCUGGACCAUAGGAGGUUGA